GCGCCGUGAGAGAGCCGGGUCCCUCUCCCCGGGCCGGGCGCCGCCGCCGCCCCCUGCCCAGCGCCCGCGUCUUCGCGGCGCCGCCUCAGCGCCAAUAUUCCGGACAGCAAGCGUUACGCGGCGGCGGCGGCGGCGGCGGCGGGGCCCGGAGCGGGAGGCGCCGGGGACCGGGGCGAGGCGGCCCCCGUCGCCACCAUGGAGGCGCUGGGACCCGGACCUCCAGCCAGCCUCUUCCAGCCACCUCGGCGUCCUGGCCUUGGAACUGUUGGGAAACCAAUUCGACUGUUAGCCAAUCAUUUUCAGGUUCAGAUCCCUAAGAUAGAUGUUUAUCACUAUGACGUGGAUAUUAAGCCAGAAAAACGGCCUCGAAGAGUCAACAGGGAGGUAGUAGACACUAUGGUGCGACACUUCAAGAUGCAGAUAUUUGGAGAUCGGCAGCCUGGCUAUGAUGGCAAAAGAAACAUGUACACAGCACAUCCACUGCCAAUUGGACGGGAUAGGGUUGAUAUGGAGGUGACCCUCCCAGGUGAGGGUAAAGACCAAACCUUCAAAGUGUCUGUGCAAUGGGUGUCAGUUGUGAGCCUUCAGCUGCUUUUAGAAGCUUUAGCUGGACACCUGAAUGAAGUCCCAGAUGACUCAGUCCAAGCACUUGAUGUUAUUACAAGGCAUCUCCCCUCUAUGAGGUACACUCCAGUAGGCCGUUCUUUUUUCUCACCUCCUGAAGGUUAUUACCACCCUCUGGGAGGGGGUAGAGAGGUUUGGUUUGGCUUUCAUCAGUCUGUGAGACCUGCCAUGUGGAAUAUGAUGCUCAAUAUUGAUGUAUCUGCAACCGCUUUCUACCGGGCUCAGCCUAUCAUUGAGUUCAUGUGUGAGGUUUUAGACAUUCAGAACAUCAAUGAACAGACGAAACCUCUAACAGAUUCCCAGCGUGUCAAGUUUACCAAAGAAAUCAGAGGUCUCAAAGUUGAGGUGACUCACUGUGGACAGAUGAAACGAAAAUACCGAGUUUGUAAUGUGACAAGACGACCAGCCAGUCAUCAAACCUUUCCUUUACAGCUAGAAAAUGGUCAAGCUAUGGAAUGUACAGUAGCUCAGUAUUUUAAGCAAAAAUAUAGUCUGCAGCUGAAAUACCCCCAUCUUCCCUGUCUUCAAGUGGGGCAAGAACAAAAGCAUACAUACCUGCCACUUGAGGUCUGUAAUAUAGUGGCAGGACAGAGAUGUAUAAAGAAGCUCACAGACAAUCAGACAUCCACAAUGAUCAAAGCUACAGCAAGAUCUGCUCCUGACAGACAGGAAGAAAUUAGUAGACUGGUGAAGAGCAACAGCAUGGUGGGUGGACCUGACCCAUACCUGAAGGAAUUUGGGAUUGUUGUGCACAAUGAGAUGACAGAGCUCACAGGCAGGGUGCUUCCAGCUCCGAUGCUGCAGUAUGGAGGCCGGAAUAAAACAGUAGCCACACCCAACCAGGGUGUCUGGGACAUGCGAGGAAAGCAGUUUUAUGCUGGCAUUGAAAUUAAAGUAUGGGCAGUGGCUUGUUUUGCGCCUCAGAAACAAUGUAGGGAAGAUUUGCUAAAGAGCUUCACCGACCAACUUCGUAAAAUCUCCAAGGAUGCAGGGAUGCCCAUCCAGGGCCAGCCAUGUUUCUGCAAGUAUGCACAGGGGGCAGACAGUGUGGAGCCCAUGUUUAAACAUCUGAAAAUGACAUAUGUGGGCCUGCAGCUAAUAGUGGUUAUCUUGCCUGGGAAGACACCAGUCUAUGCGGAGGUGAAACGUGUUGGAGAUACCCUUCUAGGUAUGGCCACACAGUGUGUCCAGGUCAAAAAUGUUGUGAAGACCUCGCCCCAAACCCUUUCCAACCUUUGCCUGAAGAUCAAUGCAAAGCUUGGAGGAAUUAACAAUGUGCUUGUACCUCAUCAAAGGCCCUCAGUGUUCCAGCAGCCGGUUAUCUUCCUGGGAGCAGAUGUCACUCAUCCGCCUGCCGGGGAUGGGAAGAAACCUUCUAUUGCAGCUGUGGUGGGCAGCAUGGACGGCCAUCCCAGCCGAUACUGUGCCACAGUCCGGGUGCAGACAUCUAGACAGGAGAUUGCCCAGGAGCUCCUGUACAGUCAGGAGGUCGUGCAGGACCUGACAAGCAUGGCUCGGGAGCUACUGAUCCAGUUCUACAAGUCCACGCGCUUCAAGCCCACCCGCAUCAUCUACUACCGUGGAGGGGUGUCCGAGGGACAGAUGAAACAGGUAGCUUGGCCAGAGCUAAUAGCAAUUCGAAAGGCAUGCAUAAGCUUGGAGGAAGACUAUCGGCCAGGAAUCACCUACGUUGUGGUGCAAAAGAGACAUCACACACGACUCUUCUGUGCAGAUAAGACAGAAAGGGUGGGGAAAAGUGGCAAUGUCCCAGCAGGCACUACGGUGGAUAGUACCAUCACACAUCCAUCUGAGUUUGACUUUUACCUCUGUAGUCAUGCAGGAAUUCAGGGAACCAGCCGUCCUUCACAUUACCAGGUCCUGUGGGAUGACAACUGCUUCACUGCAGAUGAACUUCAGCUGCUCACUUACCAGCUCUGUCACACCUACGUGAGGUGCACACGCUCAGUCUCUAUUCCUGCCCCUGCAUAUUAUGCCCGGCUUGUAGCAUUCCGGGCAAGGUAUCAUUUGGUGGAUAAAGAUCAUGACAGUGCGGAAGGCAGUCACAUAUCAGGACAGAGCAAUGGCCGUGACCCGCAGGCCUUGGCUAAGGCUGUGCAGAUUCACCAUGAUACCCAGCACACUAUGUAUUUUGCCUGAGAGUCUUGGAAAAGAACUCAACCAAUUUGGCAUCCCACGCAUCCUCAAAAUGUUGCAGAUGCCUACUGCCUCUAGAUAGUGCCACAUUGAUUCAGGUGGUCCCUACCAGCAGCUCUGAAUAGUUGCACUGAAUUUGUACUCUGCAGCGCUGUCUGAUGCAUCAACAAAAUUGAGCCAUUUAAAAAAAAAAAUAGAAACUCAUAGAUUAUGUCUUCUAAUGCACUGGGCAGAAUUUUUACCUCAACAUGCAGGCUGAUCAGCCUUGACUUUCUAAAGGACUUUCCAAGAAGGGUUUCUAUGGAUAUUUUGCUAGCUGUGGUAUUCACCGCAUCUAGUCUUAUAAGCAGAGUAGUUCCUUUUUCUGUGUUCGUUGAGUGGGGUAUAUGCAUAAGUGGGAGAGAGAAACCAAACAAUCUGUUUUAUUUCCAUGUAACUUUUUAAUUGGAUGGGUCCAUAGACUUUUUAAUGGAGAUUUUUGACUUUGCCACUGUAAAUGCCUUUAAGGAGCAUUAAUUUUUGAAAGUUUUACAGAAUUUUAUCACUUUCACUGCUUUAUCUUACUGAUCUCUUCAGGCCUGUGCUGUGCUGUACAGGCUGCCUGGCAAUUGCACUAUAUUUGGCUGCAGAUUUGAACAGGCAGUUCUCUUACUUGGUGGCUUUUGUGAAUGUGACAUAAGCAGAUGUGGUGCGUGUCGCAGGGACAGAUAACACUGCCGUUUUUAAAAGUACCCAUGUUCUCCCUAUUUGGAAAAAAAUUAGCUGUUAGUAUUUUUCCAAGUUUUCAAAAGUGCCCAUUUUAUGCUGCUGUGUGGUUUGUUAGAGCUAAAUGAUUUUUAAACUUCUCUCAUAGAAAGUUAACUUUGGCAAUAAGCAUUUUUUAAGGUUCCUCCCCUUUCUCCCCCAACGAGGUAGUUUUCUAGAUGAUAUUUCAGUAUGGUUUUAUCAACUAUUUCUUAUAUAUCAUAACCUGGACAUUCUGAAACCAGUCUAUAAAGACACAUAUUUCCAUGCCCUUUAAAAUAAUUGUCUUUUUUAAACAAACAAACAAACAAACAAACAAACCUAUUUUACAGUCAUAGUCUGUCCUGUCACUUCAAAAAAAAAAAAAUCAGCUGGAACCAGGAUGUUUCCUGAUUGGUCAGGCUUUGCCAAUGUAUAAGGCACAUUGAGUGAUGCUGCACUUGAAAAAAGAAAAACAAAAAUAAGUACCAGCAUGUAAAAAGCUUUUUUCCCUGGGAAUCAAAGCUGUGUGCACGGCUGCCUACAGUGUGGUUUUGUUUCCUCUUCUUUCAGCCUGAAAAGUGCUUGCUGGCCUUGACUUUCUGUUUUUCAACUAAAGCUCUGUAGAAGAACUUGAUUUUAUUUUCCUUUUCCUAUAAUAGAUUCUGGAUUCCUUCACAGGAAGAUAGGUCUCUUUUUCUUGUUUGAACAAAGGGAGUUGAUGUAAAGCCAGCAUCAGUUAGAACAUAGGGGAAAUGUGCUCUGUAUUUAGUGUAGGUGAUACUUUGUAAAGGACAAGCGUUACAUAGUCAAGGUAGUUCCACCCAGGGUUCUCAGCCCACAUUUUACUCCAUCCUGGAAGGACAGGGAGUGAAAGGUCAGAAGCUCUGUCUCAGGCUUCAUUCCUCCUGGCUGAGGAGGGUGGUGGGGAAGAGACAGACACAAUAUGCUGAACACAAGUUUGCAGUCUCUAUCUAGAAACCACUGGUGGGAAACACUGGAUCAAAUGGUGAAGGGUAUUUGCUUGAACUUAUUAGUUGGUUCAAGGUCCAGAUCUGUUAAACGAAACGAACCCUCUCAAAAUCCCAACAAUAUAAAGCACUGUUUCCCUUCAGUCUUUUAAACAAGCUCGUAGAUAUAUUAAUGUUUACAUUUCCACGUGCUGUUGCUCAGCAGUGCCACCAGUGUUUGCUGAGACUGGUCUCCAAGUGAGUUUUAUAAUGUCCAUUAAUUCUAUAGCACAUGAGGAUGAAUGCAGACAUCCCUAAUCUCUGCAGACAGUGGGGGAAAAGCAAGGCCUAUGGCUGAAGCACAACCUAGGCAGGAGCGAAGAGACAGCAGAUGUUCGUUCCCUAAGAUUUUCCUUUUUUGCAAAUACCUCACUUGGAUAAUACAAAUCAGGACAUGUUGAAGAAUGGCUGACUGCCGCUUUUAUUGAUGCUUGUUCAGGGAGAGCACAGAAGAUACUCUAUCACAGCCACUCUGGACCCAAGAGGAGGAAAAACAAAACAAAAAGGGAAGAUUUUUAGAAGGAAAACCUGCCUGGAGUCUGUGAUGUGAAGAACUCUCGCUGGCCGACUGGCCAGCAGGCACCACACCUGCACUGGAAUGCCUAGAGCUCACCUGUUAACAAUGCACAGAAGGAACUCUCGCUGUCCUCCAGCAUGAUGGAACAUGGAGCAAGCUGGGUGCCCAGAAGCCUUGAUCCACAUUCCUGCCAUUGGACUGUAGGCUUGACCUUGAACAAUAUACCUGAAACACCUCAGUCAGUCCUAGUAUGCUGGGGUCAAUCAGUGUGGUGGUGGAAGAAAAGCCAGGAGGCCUUUUUUUUUUUUUUUGGGGGGGGGAACUACCAGUAAGGGUGUGAUACUGUUGUUUUGGACAAAUGGAAAGAAAUAUGGAAGAGGUAGGAUUAAAGAGUUGGGAAAAAACUUGCUGAGGGGUGAAUAGUUAAGAGGUGGUUACUGCAAAAUCAGAACUGCAGUAAUACCAUUGCAAACAAUUAAAACAUAGUUUUAAUUAGGGUUGACAGGUAACCCCUCGAAACUGACCGAAUUGUUAUGCAUGUGUCAAUCAAUGGGAGGUGUGCAUUCUCUAGAAGUAGUGUUAGGCUGUUCAAUUUUUUUAACGCAGCCUAUUUAGGUGCUGUCAGAUAGUGUGGAAGAUUUUGGUGUAGCAACAGUAAAGAAUAACAAUUUGGGGCUAGGGAGCACAGGGCUGAGAGUGGGAAAGACCCAAAUGUUGAACCAAUUAUGUUUUGUUGUUGUUGUUAGAUGUUGAAUCCUGAGCUGUUUAUAAAGUGAACCAGCUGGCUUGAUGCAGCCAGUGUUCUGGGUAGGCGAACCACAUUGAUUCUUACUGUAAAUUCUCUAUGCUGCUUCCAAAGGUGAUUAUUUACAAGCAGGCAUUUCUGAAUUGUCUGUACUUUAGGGUGUGGUGCCUAGCCUAUCUCCUAUUUCAGAGCUUACCUAUCUGGCUCAGCUACCUACUUCUUCCCAGGAAAAAAAGUAAUCUACUGUUUUAACAAGGAUCCCCCUCUCUAGUUACCCACCCCUGUCUCCCAGACAUGCUGUAAGAUUCUCUUGCUCAGUAGCAAGGUGGCAGCUCUGCUUUCAUUUUAAGAAAGCAGAGGUUACAGGCAUCAUAUUAAUACUGCUUCAACUUUUUUUCUUGUAAAAUUAAAGGAAAGGUAUUUAUUUUAUUGAUCAACCAUUUUCUUUUUUUUUAAAUUUUUUAUUAAUUACACUUUAUUCAUUUUGUAUCCCCCCAUAAGCCCCUCCCUCCUCCCCUCCCGAUCAACCAUUUUCUUAUCCCUUGCUGUUGGCAUAUUCAUAUUCUUUCUGUGUCUACUGGCUGAAAAUGUUUGUGUUUGUUCAUCUGACUGAUAGUAUGGUUUUUGUUUCUAUAUUGGUAGACUUGUAAUGUUUUAAAAUGUAUUUUAUUAAUUUGGCCUGGAUGUCUGUCGCCAGCAAUACGAGGUACUUUCCAAGCUGUUAAGGAAGGGUUUGUAUCCCUAUGUCAGAUAAAAUAAUGGUUGUUUAAAUUUUUCAGAGUUUUUGUUGUUGGUGGUGGUAUUUUUUUUUUUCAGGUUUUUGGGGGGCCUGCAGGGAUAUUUUGUGUUCAUGUGUCCAAAAAGGGGGAAGGGGAUAGAUUGGCAUUCUUGUGCUAAAAGUUGUUUUUCUUGUAAGUUGUGUAAUAAAUACGGAAUAUACUGUA